AUGUCGCUGGUGGCGAUGGCGACUGUCGCCGAUCCACUUGCCCGGCCAGAGGGAGAUGACGCCUCGUCAGAUAAGGAGGUGCCUCAGAACGAAGCGAUCUCCGAACGAACAGAAAGCGCCGAGGAAGCCGCAACGCAAGCGGAGUUACCCCCUCGCAGAGAUCACGCGCAGGGUCACUCGCCAGCAUUCCACGAGUCUGAAGGCGAGAUGCCGAUUGAUACCGGGAGAAUGGAGGCGACGGAAGGGGCUACGCAGCAAGGCGAUGUUUCGGAUGGAAGCAAAAUCGUGGAGCCCGAGAUCGAAGGCGCAUCAGCAAGUACUUUUGUUAGUGCAAUCUUGAACAGGGUGCGCGACGACACGGCAGCCAUGCAGAACAUUAUGUUGAGGGAAAUGGAGGACAUUCGGCGGAUGAUGAAUUACGACAGUGCUCUGGCGUCACGCAUAAUGCAACUGUUACCUGCUCUCGAUUUACAAGGCACUCUUGACGCCAUGCGAGCUGCUGUAACCAGACAAAUUGCUCUACUCCAGGCUGUUGUGGGGAGCGGAGAAAAUCUACCGAACAGUAUCAUAUAG